UUGGGCCUUGUCGCUUUCCGUCGUUUCGUCGAACACUGGCGCUGGCGUAGUUGUGCGCUGCGCACAUCCUUUGAUUGACGUGGACGCAGUUGACGUCUCACAGCAUGUCCCAGUUAGAGAACGCCAACCCGGUGAUCUUCCAGCGGUCCGGCGACAGGCUGCUGACGUCGAACGACGAGGACGAGGACGUCCACGACCCCAUUGACGACAGGGAAAUAUUCGAUCUGAUCAGAGCCAUCAACGACCCGGAGCAUCCUCUGUCCCUGGAGGAGCUCAACGUGGUGGAGCAGGUCCGCGUGCAGGUCAAUGACGAAGAGAGCAUCGUGGGCAUCGAGUUCACGCCCACGAUCCCCCACUGCAGCAUGGCAACACUCAUUGGUCUGUCAAUCAAAGUCAAGCUGCUACGCUCCCUGCCAGACCGGUUCAAAAUCGAUGUCCACAUCACUCCUGGGACUCACGCCUCAGAGGAAGCAGUGAACAAACAGCUGGCGGACAAAGAGAGAGUCGCGGCGGCUCUGGAGAACUCCUCACUGCUCGAGGUGGUCAACCAGUGCCUGACCCCCACUAGGGGCAUCUGAGCGGCCAAUCAGCGCUGUCGUCUUUGCUGCUCUGAGCCAUCGGGCGGCCAAUAAUGUUUGACUCUUGACCUUUGACCACUGAAGGUUGCGCCGAGCUCUCUCUCCACCCGCACGUCUACGGAGCCAAAUCCAGGUCCAAACUUUUAAUCAUUUGAAAAAUACAACAAUGUAUUCAAAAUUAAAAAUAAGUUUACAUUUUUUUUUUAGUUAAAUUUUUGAUUUUUGCUGUAUUUUAUUUUUCGGCUGUAGAUUUUAUAUUUUAAAGUCUUUUUUUCACUUUCGGAUUGUGUUUUUUCACAUUCAGGGACUUUUGAUCCUGAUGUGGAAAAGGGGGCAGGGCAUCAACUGAGAGGGGCGUGUAAUCAUGAGUGACAACUUAACGAAGGUUCGGACCUCCCGGUUCAAUAGCUGGUCAGCGAAACGUUAAAACACAAACGAAAUCCUCUGUUACCAUGGUGAUGUCAGACGGCCCCUGCGCACAAAUGAUGGUUAAUUGGGGUUGUAGCUGGUUGUCGACAUCACUGCGGUUACAGAGAGGUGUCGUUUGUGUUUUAACGACGUUUCGCUGACCAGCUAUUGAACCGGAAGGUCCGAAUCUGUCCCCAGCCUUAUUUUGUUAAGCUGUCACUCAUGAUUACACGCCCCUCUCAGUUGAUGCCCCGCCCCCUACGCCAGGGUCAAAGGUCUGAAUGUGAAAAA